CGAAGCUUUUUGAUUUGCUUAGGCAAUGACAAACGAGCCCAGCCAUAGCAGACAAUAAUUUAAAUGAUAAUACAAUAUGAAGUCUGGUUGCUCCAACAACCAUUGACAUAAACACCAAAAUCAUAAGCGCGCCUUUCCAUUAGUUUUGUUCUCUAUUAACAAUCUAAUUAUUAUAAUAAAUGAGCUUUUUAACGCAAAAACAGUAUGCAUUUACGUUGUUCUUACAACACAUUCUCUUAUUAUUUGACGUCUGUGCUAACUCAUUUUCAACUUUUCUUAGAAGUAAUCCAACUAAUUUACUUAUACUUUUUAUAAUUCAGGAUUUCUGUUUAAUAGUCGCAUUUAGUAUUCUUUUAAUAAAUAUAUUUGCCACGUAUGUUUUUCAGGCGGGUUUAAUUAAACUUUUAUUCGUAAAAUUUCGUAUGACUUUAAUAAUUUGUGUAAUCUACAUUAUCCUGAGCAUCUCUUUACAUUGUUGGCACGUGAAAAUACAUUACACGUCCCCAUUAAGUGAUUUUUGGCCAACAACUUAUCAUUGCCUUUACUCUUUGCAUAAAACAACUGCAGUAUUGUAUUACUAUUUAAGUAGAAGGACAUCUUUACGAAUCAGUGAUCCAAGAUUUCAUAAAGGAUCGAAUUGGAUACAAAAACAAUUUAGCCUUAACUAAAUGUAAUAU